UCCAAGAGAGGGCUAGAUGACUUGGGUCGUGGGCAGCUUCUCUUCUUGGAGCCGGUUAAUGGUUUGAGAGCUGAGGGGCUUUCUGGCACUGGGACUUACCACCAGGCAGCAUCACCAUGACGCUUCUUGGGUCUGAGCAUUCUAUGCUGAUACGGAGCAAAUUCAGAUCAGUUUUACAGUUGCGGUUGCAGCAGCGAAGAAGCCGAGAGCAGCUCACCAACCAGGGAAUCAUGCCACCGCUGAAAAGCCCCUCUUCCUUUCAUGAACAAAAGAAGAGCCUGGAGAGAGCAAAGGCUGAAGAUUUUUUAAAGCACAAGAUCCGGAACAGACCCGAGCACUCCGAAUUGGUUGAUAUGCACAUUUUAAAGGAUUCAGCUGCAGAAGAGUCCAUUCAGGCUACUCAGAUGAAACUGAAAAGAGCCCGUCUUGCAGACAAUCUAAAUGAAAAGAUUGCUCUUAGACCAGGCCCCUUGGAACUGGUGGAGAAGAAUAUCAUUCCUGUGGACUCUGCUGUGAAAGAGGCCAUCAAAGGCACUCAGAAGGACUUCUCCAAAUCCUCUGAUGCCUUUGCUUUUGAAGAAGACAGCAGCAAUGAUGGGAUGUCCCCAGAACAGGUCAGAAGUGAGGAUUCCCCAGGGUCCACAGAGUCAGCAGCAGGAACCAAAAUUUCAGAAGCAGCAUUCCCCUCAGCGUUGGGGUCAACUCAGGGUCAUUCCCGUGGCUCUGAAAGUGACACUGCUGACUCAACAUCUCUUCAGAACAGCCAGCCAGAAAGUCCAAAACAACUGAAUGGACAGCAGACACCUCCUAUUACUAUGUCCACAUCUGCAAAGUCCAAAUCAGCAAGUGACAACAAGAAUCGGCACAAGAAGCCCAAGGAGAUGAAACCCAAGGUGAAGAAGCUGAAGUACCACCAGUACAUUCCCCCAGACCAGAAAGCAGAGAAGUCUCCUCCUCCAAUGGACUCAGCCUAUGCCAGGCUCUUGCAGCAGCAACAGCUCUUCCUGCAGCUCCAGAUCCUUAGCCAGCAACAGCAGCACCGGCACCAACAGCAUUUCAACUACCCUGGGUCACAUUCCACCCCGCUGAAGCAACCAAAUGAGCAGAUGACCAAAACUUCAAGCUCUUCCCCAGCAGCUGUUGCUAACAGUAGUCUUUCUCCUGUGAAGGGAACCUUUUCAGGACAGUCCUGCAUUUCGUCUCUCAAACCAGGUCCUCUUCCAUCCAAUCUGGAUGACUUAAAAGUGUCGGAGCUAAGACAGCAGCUCCGAAUAAGGGGCCUUCCUGUAUCAGGUACAAAAACAGCCUUGAUGGAACGUUUGCGGCCCUUCCAAGAGUGCAGUGGGGGCUCGGUGGCUAGCUUCAGUGAAAUAACUACUGUCACCUUCCCAGUGACCCCAGCAAGCUCUCUCUCCAGCUACCAGUCCCAGUCUUCAACCAGUCUAUUGUCCAAUGGCUUUUACCACUUUGGCAGCACUAGCUCAACUCCACCCAUUUCCCCAGCUUCCUCUGACCUAUCAGUGAAUGGCUCCUUGCCGGACAGUUUCAAUGAAGGACCAAUGUCUUCCCCACAGUUUGUCUUGCACCCUUCUCCUGCACAAGGUGGGUGUGAAGAGAGCUUGAUGGGGAGCAUCAAUGGAGCUGGCAUCCAGCUCGAUGUGGAAAGGGUUGACACAGAGAAGGACAAGAUGCUGGUGGAAAAACAGAAGGUUAUCAAUGAGCUAACCUGGAAAUUGCAGCAAGAGCAGAGGCAAGUGGAGGAGUUAAGGAUGCAGCUCCAGAAGCGCAAAAGGAACCAUGGAGUGGAGGAGAAGCAGAGCUCAUCACAUUUUUUUGGCUUUCCAAUCAAGCAAGAAAAUGCAGUGUCCAGCUGUCCAUUUGCUUCCAAGCAAGUUAACUUGAAAGGUCAAGCCAGCAGCUCCGACACAUUAAGUAACUGUGGAGCAACACCUCAGCUGCCCCAUCUUGUACAUAGCCACUGCAUGGAAUCUUCAGGGCAGAAUGGCAUGCUGUCCUCCACAUUCCUAAGCCCGCAGUGCUCUCCUCAGCAUUCCCCACUAGAGGCAACAAAAAGUCCACAGCACAUCAGCCUUCCACCCUCACCAAACAGCCAUUACCUUCUCUCUGUGUCUCCUAGCACUCAGGGAGAAGGAGGCAGUUCUCCAAAGCCUAGCAACCAUCUGUGCACAGCUCCGGUGCCCACACAAGGAGGCCAGAAGUAUUCCAUUCUGUCCCCAAGCUUCUGUAAAUCAAGUGCUGCCCUCCCCGAGGGAAAGCAGCCACCACCCUAUGCUGAUGCUGUGAAACAGCAGAUGACCCGAAGUCAGCAAAUGGAUGAGCUGCUGGAUGUGCUUAUUGAAACUGGAGAAAUGCCUGCAAAUGUCAAGGAAGACCGUCCUUGCCUUCAGAAGGUGCCUCAGAUAACUGUGUCCUCAGGGACCUCUGGAACAUCCUCAUUACACAAGGCAUCCACUUCAUUUGAGCAAGGUGCCUCAAAUCAGCUUUCUUUCGAACAUUGCCCUAGCAGCAACGAUAGUCAUCUGGAAAUCUUGUUGAAUUCCCACAGUCCUCUGGGGCGAUCAAGUGAUAUCACCCUCUUGAAGGUGGGUGGUGAGGAACCUCACUUUGAAGGGGUGAUGGAAGGAUUUUCUAGCAAAGCUGCUGAUGAACUCCUGACACCCCAUGAGAUCCUGCCUACUCCUCUCUCCCCCAUGGAGACUCAGCUGUCUCCUUCUGGUGAAGGAUCAGGUUUGCACAUGAGCUUCACAGAGUCUCCUUGGGAAACAAUGGAAUGGCUGGACCUCACUCCACCAAGUUCAGCCAAUGGUUUUGGUUCCCUCUCCACCACAGGGCCCAGCAUCUUCAACAUUGAUUUCUUAGAUGUUUCUGAUCUCAACUUGAACAACACCAUGGAUCUGCACCUACAACAGUGGUGAACAGAAUAAAUUUUACGAAUAGGAACGCAGCCAACUACAAAAUAUUUCUAUGUAAGGGAUGGUGAGAGCUCUGGUGUCACCCAGAGAAACGAAACUGGAGUCACCUUUCCCAGAACAUAAUUUAUCUCUUCAUGAUGAAUGCAGUCACCAAAGAAUUGUCCCACACACCCCUAAACCAAACCAACUAAUCCUCUCCCCCUAGCAUGAAGUCUUCCUCCUCCUCUUCAGUAAGCAAAUCCAAGUUCCAGAGAGCAUAGUUGACUUCUGUGGUUUCUAAAACUCUUCCAAGGAAGAGUCCCUCUGCAGUAGAACUCUAUUUGGUAGGUACCUGUCUGUAUUAUCACUGAUCUGUGUAGUAACUUCUAUAAAAGUUGAUGUGCUAUACUGUCCCAACUAUGUUGUCUAGCCAGCCAUUGAUUCCCUUGUGACUCUCACUGCACCUUCUGGGAACCACUACCUUUGAUUGUUGUGCCUUUUUAAAAAAAUAAAUGGAACCACCAGACAAGUAACCACCAGGCUUUUGCUAGCUUUGCCACAGCUCAAAUCCCCUUCAAGGACAGGGCAACAUAUGACCCCUAGCAGCAGCCUGUCACCAGCAUCCACUCACCUGAAAUCAUGGUGGACCACUCCUUGCCCUUUCUGUCAUUUCAUACUCUACUUUGCUUCUCACACGGAUUUGUGGUGAUGGAUGCUCAGAGCCCUGUUGCACUGUCACAGUUGCUGCUGAAAUUUUGCAACAAACAUAGCAGCAUUGGCAAAUCCAGCAAUAGUGUAAACCCCAAUGCAUUUGUGGUACGCAUGUGCAAUUCAAUCCCCUGAGCAUCCCUGCUCUAGGGCUUCACUGAACACUUUAUUAAUCUUGUCCCUUGUUUUGCUAGUUUUAAAAGCAGUUGGAACAGAACUGAAUCAAUGUGACUUAUUUUGUAGAGAUGUUAGAUAGUAGGUUGGAAAUGGGGUGGGGGGGGGCAAGGUGUUACAAGACCCUCAUGAAAUGUCUCUUUUAAAGGUACAUUCUUCCUUUAAUAAGCACAUUGGUGAUUUCUUUAGUUUAUUAAAUUUAAAAUAUAUGAACAUAUAUAUUUCUGUAAUUUGCUGUGCAUGUAACGCUAACAUUUUAGCACAAUUUCAUCAAUUCAUCAUUCAACUCAAUCUUAUCCUUAAAUGUUGGGUCUGAUAUUUUGACUAUAAUUAUUCCUUAUGAAUUUAAGUACAGGCUGAAUCUCCCUUAUCCAAAAUGCUUGGGACCAGAA